AUGGCGCAAGCCACGCUUAAAGGCAUUCCAGUUUUUCCCGGUAUUAUUGAUGGUGACUUUACCGGGGAGAAAAAAAUCCUAGCAGCCGCUAUUAAUGGAGUAGCUGUCGUUCCACAGGGCACCCGUCUAGCACAACUGGUUCUUCUGCCUUUAAUUACUGGAAAUACAUCCUCAAUUUCUUCCAGGCCCCGAGGCAUUACACCUUUGGGCUCCUCAGAUGCUUAUUGGGUCCAGCCAAUUACAAAAAAUAGGCCUAUGUUAACCCUUACUAUUGAAGGAAAGGAUUUCAAGGGUAUUUUGGAUACAGGGGCAGAUGCCACAGUCAUAUCUCAAGAUCAUUGGCCUGCCCAUUGGCUGCUGACCACAUCUCUCAUCGAUUUGCGAGGUAUAGCCAGUUCAACAACCCCCAAGUCAGCUCAAGGGUAUUACACUGGAAAGAUAAGGAAGGUUGCUUCAAUAAUCAUCAAGGCUCGUCUCCUUUCCCGCCAAUAUUUCGGAAAAGGCCCUGAUGUUGUAGUAGUGCCAUAUACCCGAGAACAGACCCAGUUCCUUCUUCAAACUUCUGAUGACUGGGGAAUAGCCAUGUCAGGAUUUAUGGGAACCAUUGACAAUCACCUCCCUGAUGACCCUGUGUUACAGGCACACACAAGUCUACCAGGAUCACUCUCAGAAGGUAAUGCCCAGGCAGAUGCUGCUACAAGGCUUACCUUCCCCAUAACUGUGGGUCAGUGCAAAAAGCUCAAAACUCAGAAGGCUCAUGAAAUAGUCAAAGAAUGCUCCUCAUGCAUUACAAGCCAGCCUGUACUGCAUUUGGGGGUCAAUCCGCAUGGUCUUCGCCCUAAUCAACUGUGGCAAAUGGAUGUCACACACUUCCCAAAAUUGGGCAAGCUAAAGUAUCUUCAUGUCUCUGUAGACACCUACAGUGGCUUUGUCUUUGCCUCCCCCCAUACAGGGGAAGCUACUAAGGAUGUUAUCUCGCACCUUAUCAUGGCUCUUUCUGUACUGGGAAAACCUGUUAAGAUUAAGACAGAUAAUGGUCCUGCUUAUGUCAGCGCUAAGUUUAAACAAUUUUGUGAGGUGCUCCAUAUUAAUCACAUUACAGGAAUCCCCUACAAUCCACAGGGUCAGUGGAUCAUCGAAAGAACCCAUCAAAUGCUGAAAACCUGGCUCACUUAUCUUGAAACCACUUCCUUAUCCUUUGUCUCUCCCCGUGACCGAUUGAAUCAUGCGCUCUUUGUUCUAAAUUUCUUAACCUUGGAUAAUAAUAAUCAUUCCGCUGUGGACUGUCAUUGGCAUCCUUCCCCUGAAAUGGCCCCAUUUAUGGGCCCUAAUAAAAUAGCCCUCUUCCUUGCUCUCCUGAUGAUGGCAAUCUACACAACCCAUUGGGCUCCACCAGUCUUUGUAGGGUUGGAGGACCCCCAGGCCAUUCAAAAACUCCUUCAACAGCAUGACCCUUGUAUCUGCUCGAGAUGCAUAAUAGUAUCCUUCCCACAAACAUCAACCUCCUACAGAUCUGUUAAGCCGCAUUUUACACAUCCGGCUGCCAAGGAUUCCAAAUGGCACUGUAUUCUCAAACCUAAACUAGACUCUUCCCGCCCUGGGGAACAAUGCCCAUCAGAGUGCAAUAGUACUAUCCAUUACUCCAUGCACUCCUCCUGUUCUACAUGGUAUCAAACCUGUAAUGAGGGGGAUCAAUAUUUAUUGUUUGCCACUAUAACAGGAGAUUAUGGGGGAGCAUUUGGAGGAGACUUGUCUUCUUCACACCUCAGCUCUCCUCCCUGCCCCCCUAAGGGACAAGUAGCCUGCUGGUACCCUAUAGCCCCUGUGGGAGUGUCUGAUGGUGGAGGCCCUCAGGAUACCCUUACACAAUUAAAAACAUAAAAAACACUCAAAACCCUAUUUGAGAGCCUUUACCCUUCCCUUCAGUACCACCCCCUGGCUAAAGUUCAUUCCAGAGGAAAUGAAGACUUGGAUGUCAAUACCAUCAAUAUCCUUACCAACACCGAUAAACUGCUUAACUCUGCCACAGACCUUGCAAAAGGCUGCUGGCUCUGUUUACGCCAGGGACCCCCCCUCCCUCUUGCCAUUUUUCUGCCGCUUAAUGAUACCCUUGGGUUUAAUAUCUCCUUUGGUUGCCCCUCUAUACAGCCUUUUCCUGUUCUUCCUGUCCUAAUGGAAAAUAUCACUUGCCUUUAUAAAUCUCCUAACGAUUAUUCCUUCAAUAUUGAUGUAGGCCUUGCUCCUUUCUGUACAAAUAGUAUAACAGUAGAUUACCCUCUUUAUGCCCCUAAUUCCACCAUUUUUGUAUGUAGGAAUAAUUUAGCUUAUACCAUUUUACCAACAAAUUGGACCGGUAAUUCCAUGCAUGCUAUGCUUCUUCCCAAUGUAGAAAUUAUUGAUGGAAAUACCCCUGUCCCUACUCCCUCCUUUGAUUAUAUUGCAGGAAGGCAAAGGCAAGCUGUUUAAUUUAUUCCUUUAUUGGCCACAUUGGGAAUUUCCACAGCUGUGGUUACAGGAUCCACAGGGCUAAGGAUCGCGGUCCAAAAAUAUAGAGACUUGUCCCAACAACUUAUUAAUGAUGUACAAACCCUACCCACCACCAUUCAGGACCUUCAAGAUCAAAUUGAUUCCCUUGCGGAAGUGGUUUUACAAAACAGAGGCUUAGACUUGCUUACUACUGAACAGGGAGGUAUUUGCUUGGCUUUAUGGGAAAAAUGUUGUUUUUAUACUAACAAAUCUGGCAUUGUUUACGAUAAAAUCAAGACACUUCCAGAAGAUCUGGAGCAUUGUUGACGUGCCAUGGCUAAAAAUCCCUUUUGGACAGGAUGGAAUGGACUGCUUCCCUAUUUACUACCACUUUUAGGCCCCAUUGCUGGUUUGCUUGUUAUACUAUCUGUAGGUCCUUGUCUUUUCAAUAAGCUGAUGACUUUUAUCAAACAGCAAGUAGAUAAUUUAGCAGCCAGGCCAAUUCAAAUACAUUACCAAAGUCUGGCCAUGGAAGAUCCCCUGGAGAAUGUUAUCUCUCUCUCUGGCUGGUGA